AUGAUGGGAAGCGCACAAGGUGUGGUGGGGAGUCCAGGGGGGUUUAUGGGGAGCCCAGGGGGAAUGAUGGAGAGCGCACAAGGUGUGAUUGGGAGUCCAGCCCUGCAGGGCCUGCAGGCGUCAUGGGGAGCCCUGGGGUUAGGCCGUCACCGUUGGGGUCUCCCGGAUUGUCCCCAUCCCAGCAGGCACCUUUCCCCAACAUGGCAUCACUAG